GCCUGCCCUGCACGCCAGUCCCGAUGAAAAGUACAGAGUACAUGAUCGAUAUAAGAGACCUACCAGUCAUGAUGUAAUAUUCUCCUUGACCCUAAAAAAGUUAGCCCCUGUUCUCGCCUUCUACCCAUGCUGGAAAAUUUUAAACAUGCGGUAACGCUUACCCUGCUCUCGACUUUUUGCCUCAAGGGCCUAUUUAUAGCUGGAAGCAAGGGAUUGUUGAGUAGAACUCCCCGGUCGUAAAACGGGAUACCGACAAGGGACCUGCUCCUUCUGGACUGAAGGUCUGCAGGUGGCCGCGCUGAUCUUUCUACACCACACGUAUCCUUCGAACGCGGUGGCCCUACGAAAAAACCGCAAGAUACCAGCCGAAUUUGGGCCCUCCUUUCCUAGCCUCAACUCGUCGUUAUCUUUUAUCGAAACUAGAGGAGGUAACUCUCCACGAGCUGUCCCCUUUUCCGUUAUUCCUUUUCUCUCUUCUAACCUCUUCGGAUUGGGGAGCUUCUGCAACAGCUGUUGAACGGUGUUAUCCUCCCCUUUGUUCAGACAUGGGACUACAAGAUAUUCCCCAGGCAAGCCGUCAUGGCACGUCAGAUAUUGAAGAGUGCAUGAGUCUUUUGCAUAAUGAUACGUAUACCAAUAUUGACGGCGAUGACACUCUUCCCGACGUCAAUACUUAUGCCGAGGCCACCCCUCAGGCACCCCAAGUUCAGCCUGGAGUACAGAGCAUUGAGGCUGUAACUGUAGCAUGGACCAGCGGUGCGCUUAUCUUUGCAUACGUGAUGAUCUGGGUCACAUACUUUGUCGAAGGGAUGUUACUCGCUACCACGAAUGUCCUAACUCCCUACGUCACCUCCACUUUUGCCUUACAUUCCUUGACACCAACAGUCGGAAUUCUCAGCAGCGUCAUAGGUUGUGUCACUAAUCUUACCUUGGCCAAGGUUCUGGACGUGUUUGGCCGCCCUCAGGGGUACCUCUUCUGCAUAAUAUUUGCUACGGCAGGGCUUGUCAUGAUGGCAAUGUGCGGCAAUGUCCAAGCAUAUGCCUCCGCACAAGUUUUUCAGACAGUGGGAAACAAUGGAAUACUCUAUAGCCUAACAGUGUUCGUAGCCGACACUUCCUCGUUACGCAACCGUGGUCUGAUGCAAGCAAUUGUCAGCUCGCCAAAUUUUAUUACAUGUUGGUUGGCUGGUCCGAUAUCCUCCACUUUCCUCGAUGGUCCUGGCUGGAGGUGGGCUUUCGGCAUGUUUGCCAUACUUGUGCCGCUGAUUACUCUUCCCCUCUUCCAGCUCCUGUUGAUCAACUACCUAAAAGCCAAGAAAAUGGGUCUGGUCUCGCAAAGUGACGGGAGUAACAGGGAUCACCCAACCUUGCUCCAAUCGCUUGUCUACUACUCCAAGCAGUUUGAUGCCAUUGGAAUUAUCCUCCUGUCUGCUGGGGUUGUCCUUUUCUUACUACCAUUCAAUCUCUAUUCACUUCAAGGCUGGGGCUCGCCUCUAGUGGUUUCGAUGCUACUUGCUGGGGGGAUACUGAUUGUUAGCUUCGUCGUCUGGGAGCGGUUUUAUGCCCCCAUCACAUUUCUCCCUUACGCUCUCUUGCUAGACCGAACAGUGCUAGGCUCCUGCAUUCUAUCAGCUACGUUAUUCGUGAGCUUCUGGUGCUGGAAUAGCUUCUUCAGCUCCUAUCUGCAGGUUGUCAAUAACCUCAGUGUUGAGAAUGCAAGCUAUGUUGUGCAGACUUACACUGUAUGCUCAGUUUUAUCUGCCAUUGCGAUCGGUAGCAUGAUCCAUUACACGGGACGUUUCAAACCAGUGUGCCUCUACAUCGGGAUUCCGCUCAGUGUGUUGGGUUCCGGGUUGAUGAUAUACUACUGCAAGAUCGACAGCAGCGUUGGCUAUAUAAUCAUGUGCCAAAUCUUCAUUUCCAUAGCUGCUGGCACGAUCAUGAUCUGUGACGAGGUUGCAAUUCUAGCGGCUGCGUCACAUCAACACGUUGCGGUCUGUAUCGCUGUGUUAGGAAUGUUUGGAAAUGUUGGAGGUGCCGUGGGCCUAACGGUUGCUUCUGCUAUCUGGCAAAGUGUCUUCCCCUUGAAGCUGGCAGAGUAUCUUCCUGCCCAAGAGCUUUCCAGGCUGCCUGAGAUCUACCAAAAUCUUUCAAUACAGCUGUCGUAUCCUAUUGGAUCUACCACACGCCUGGCUAUUCAGCAUGCGUACCGUGACGCUCAGAUAUGCAUGCUGGUAGUUGGCACCGCAGUUUGGGUUGUCGGGUUCUUCUCCGUUCUGGUCUGGAGAGACAUCAACGUAAUCGGAGUUAAACAAAACAAGGGGCAUGUUUGGUAACUCACUAGCUAGCGAGUUAGUUAGCGGGUUCCACCGUGCAGUGGGCUUUCUC